AUGGAUGCUGCUCGACUACGACAGAGAUCUGCCAGUCAUUCCUCGCUGCGCAGCCAGUAUCGAUAUCAAUCCAGAAUGAUCAACUACACCAACCCUCGUCCGCCAGCCCAAAGGCAUCCGUUACGCAGAGUCAACGAAAACCCCGCUCUCCUACGCUCUCCUGGUCCUUUGGAGAGCAUGCUCAAGACCACCACCGAGACAGGGGACAUUGGCAUCUUUUCCAUCAGGCCAAACUCCUCUUCGGCGCCCUUUGAUCGGCCACACAGACCCAGAUUGCAUCCCCGAGAUGUGGAUUUGUUGCUCCCAGCACGCUCAUCGGGCUAUGAUGAAAACUACUACUACCACUCCGACGACCAUAAAAGACUGCGGCCAUAUCGCGACACCACGUCCGAAAUCAUAUCUCUCUAUGGUUCUGAAAGUCAGCACACUCUUUCGUCAUCAGUGUCCCCAGCCAGUCUUGAAGAUGAUCCCAGGUCGUAUUCAAUGACUACAACCAGCUCAAAACGAAUCCCUUCCCAGAAAUCUACCGGUACAUUACAAAGCCAAUCCAGCGGAAGUGGCUUUCAACGUCCAAGAUCCCCCUUUCCUUACCCAACCCGAUUGAAGCGCCCAGGAGUUCGCCCGGCAUCUCCAGCUCUGAGAGAGAAUGGGGAUAUUGACUACAGUAGGAUGGUUGAGCUAGAGCGUUUUUCUCAAAGAACUAUUCACGGGUCAUACAAACCUACCUAUAUCCACGGCUCUCGAAGGCCACCUCCGCUUUCCCUUCGUGCGGAAGCCAAUAGAUCAACAACCUCUCUGCCGUCGAGACCACUGCAUUCGCCUCACUUUUAUGCACCGGCAUCUUACCAUGCUAGGCCGCCCAAUCCCUCCAUGGCGUGGAUGCCCAGGCAACCAAGUAGAAACCAGCCAUAUCCUACGGAUCAAAGCACUCGAUCGGCCAGUCUUACAUCCAUUGUUGAGAUGUAUGAUAAACCAAUAGCUUCAAAUCAAAAUUGUGCGCCUCCUCAAUCGACCGGCUCUAUUUAUUACGACUACAGUGAACAAUUUGAAGACCGGCCACCUUGGGAUAUUGACGUUGAUGUGCCGCUUCACCCUAUACCACAGAGAGCUGAAAAUAUUCGCCAAUCUCUGCUGCUAAUGGACAAUAUCCAAGGACGGUUUGAUAUUGGUGAAAAUGAUUCAGACUCAUCAGAAUCCAUUAUGCAAGAGGCUGAGAAAGACUUGAUGGAGCCUUCGCACCUAUCAAACACUAGGGAACGUCAUUCUGAGGGAACAGAAGCAAAGCAGCUGACUCUCCCGGAUGAACAUGUUGCCACGGAUAUCGAAUGCUCUGAUUUAUUGAAUUCUAUUGAAAUUGCUUUAAAUUCAAUUUCUGAUAAAGAGCAAAGUCAACCGCCAGCUGUUUCAAUUGAAGCGUCGCCAGUUACAAAAACAGAUACCGCUGAUCUGGGUUCAAUGAUGAGCGAUCCAGCUUCUACGAGGCCCAUCUCGCCUGUGGAAAGUUCUUCUAAACUUUUAAAAGCAAGCUACAAUAUUGAGGAAGACCUUCGAAGCCAGCCAUCGUCCCAAAAUGGCCGUAUAUCGAAGCUACGGUAUUCGCUAGAUCCAGCACUGUCCGACUUUGCUUCUGUUUUAUCAUCUUUUGACCGCAUAGCAAGAGUGUCAAUUUCGAAAGACAACGAAGCCCAAUCGAGUGGCGUGGAAAACAAUGAAUCAUCUGUAUACCAGCAAGGCGAGGCAGAGGCAGUUGCUUUGAAGAGACCGAGCGAGCGAUCGCCCCCGCCGUCCUCAAACAAGGCUGGAACAGAGGAGAGGGCGUAUCAAAGACGUCACCGACGACAUAUCGCAACAAUGAUGAUUAGUACGACUGAUGUUGCUUCAGAUGGCUUUUCCCAAAAUAGCCCUAGACGAAAAGACGACGUGCCAAUUCUCUCGCCAGAGCCCAUUUCGCCUGUACGCGAGCUUAGAGUCAAGGAGAGUAUCCCUCAGCUAAUGAAAUCUUUGCCCCCGCUGCCGAGGGAAGCUCAAAAACUAUCGGGUUACGGCACUGUAGGCUCAUUACCACUACCUACAUGCUUGGGAGACGAGCCUUUGAUGCCGAGCAAAGGUGGACCUUCAGGUAUGGGCCAGAGAUUUUCGUUCGUUCCUCUGUCAGGAAGCUCGCAAAACAUGCAGUCAAAAUUCAGCACAAAGGCUGUGGCAUCAUCUCCUUCACACCGAAUCAUUGGUGAUGCAACAUGCUCUGUUGCAGCCAGCAGGCCAUUGUACAAUGUCUUGCAAGAUUGUGGACAUAGCCCAGCGGGGCAGCCAAAACUCAAGCUCAAAGCGUCACAUAGCCAACUUGACCCAGUCCAAGUUAGUCAGGGCGGUCCUUCUCCGUAUAGCAAUCGAUUGAAACAGUGCAACUCCCUCGCAGAGUUGGCACCCUGUGAUAAGAAUGAUGGUGUGGAUGAAAACUUUAAUACAGCUAUGGGUGGCAGGACGCAAGUAUCGAACUGUGAAUCCAACAGUGGCAGUUCGGCGAUGGUAGACGAGAAGUCUACUCGUUUUCAGCCGUCUCCUCAGUUGUCAGAUCAAUUCAAUAUUCCCUAUCCACCAUCGCCCACUCAAACUGCAGUUCACUCAAGUCCUGUUACACCAAAACUGGGGGUAGUAUUGGCCGAAGCGCAUAGAUACGAUAUCAGCUCGAGUGAGCCACGUGGGCUGCGAGGUAAAUUAUCGAUGCUUCGGUUGCGAUUUACCAGCCCACAACAAUCAACUACCGCAUCAGAGGAGAACAUAUCUAUGCCUUGUUUGGGCGAAAACAAAUUCUCGACGUUUCCCACCGUGGCCAGUAAGGGAACAGACAUGACCUUUGGGGAAAUGAGUAGCAAUAAAUACCUGCCACCUCUACCUGAGAUGGAUAAAGCAGAAUGGCGUAUAAAGAGGUGGGCACGAGAUGUCAAAAAGGCUGUUCGACUAUACGUGAAGAAGACAUUGGAUCGAUCUCUCAAAGCAAACUCGUGA